UGCGGGGGCCGUCGGGGGCGGUGGGGAAGACGGCAGGGAGGACGGCGGAGGGUGGGGAAGAGGUGUCAGAGGGGCGGGAGUGGGGAGGACCGGCGGGAGUGCGAAGGGCUGUCUAAGGUGCGGAGAACCGUCGGCUGUGCGAAGGGGCGGACGGCCCAGGCUCCGGCGGGCGGGCGGGCCGGGGGAGGCUGGAAGUCCGCACUGGGGACUCGGAGGAGGUCCGGGGCAUGGGCGCAGCGUGGAGGCGCGCUGGCGAGGACUCCGGGAGUGGAGUCGCGCGCGGUGAGGGGGAGUUCUAGGGAAACUCCGCGGGCGGCGGUGUCACUGGUAGGUAGCGCGAGGCCGGGUGACAGUUCCGUCUGGGCCUCGGAAUUGGAAGAUGGAGGCACCGGAGGCUGGCAACUCAGGAUGGAUAGGGACCUAGAGAGGGGGCCCUGGCAGGAGCUGAACCGGUCUGGACUGGCCCCUAACUCCUCGCUCCCUGAGUACUCACCCUCCAGCUCGCCCAUGCUCAGGCGCCCCAGCCUGGCCCUGGGGUCCCCACAGGGGCUGAGCUGCAGAGUCGAGAGCAGUACUUGCCUGGAUUACAGCUGGAUCCACCCCAAAAACCUUACGCCAUCUUCCCCGAAAAACGUCUAUGUCAGUGUGAGCUUUUCCUCUACCCAACAUGGAGAAUUAGUCCCUGUGUUGCACAUUGAGUGGACCCUGCAGACAGAUGCCAGCAUCUUGUACCUCGAGGGUGCAGAGCUGUCCAUCCUGCAGCUGAACACCAAUGAGCAGCUGUGUGUCACGUUCCGGUUUCUGUCCAUGCUACAGCAUCAUCAUAAGCGGUGGCGGUUUUCCUUCAGCCACUUUGUGGUAGAUCCUGGCCAGGAGUAUGAUGUGACUGUUCACCAUCUGCCCAAGCCCAUCCCUGAUGGAGAUCCAAACCACAAAUCCAUAACCGUCCUUGUGCCUGACUGUGAGGACGCCAAAAUGCGGAUGACUACAUCAUGUGUGAGCUCAGGCAGCCUUUGGGAUCCCAACAUCACUGUGGAGACCUUGGAUACACAGCAUCUGCAAGUGCACUUCACCCUGUGGAAUGAAUCCACCCCCUACCAGAUCCUGCUGGAAAGUUUUUCGGACUCAGAGAACCGAAGAUGCUUUGAUGAAGUUAAACAGUUAUCUGCGCCCAGGCAAGAGGAAUUCCACCAGCGAACCAAUGUCACAUUCACUCUAAGCAAGUCUCACUGGUGCUGCCACCACCACCGUGUGCAGGUCCAGCCCUACUUCAACAGCUGCCUAAAUGACUGCUUGAGACACUCUGUGACUGUGCCCUGCCUAGUAAUCUCAAAGGCCCCAGUUCAUGAGGCAGUUGCAGACUACAUUCCCCUCUGGGUGUAUGGCCUCAUCACACUCAUAGCUAUUCUGCUGGUGGGAUCUGUCAUCUUGCUGAUCAUCUGCAUGACCUGGAGGCUUUCUGGAGCUGAUCAAGAGAAACAUGGUGAUGACUCCAAAAUCAAUGGCAUCUUGCCGGUAGCAGACCUGACUCCCCCACCCCUGAAGCCCAGGAAGGUCUGGAUCGUCUACUCUGCUGACCACCCCCUCUAUGUGGAAGUGGUCCUAAAGUUCGCCCAGUUCCUGAUCACUGCCUGUGGCACUGAAGUAGCCCUUGACCUCCUGGAAGAGCAGGUUAUCUCUGAGGUGGGGGCCAUGACCUGGGUGAGCCGACAGAAGCAGGAAAUGGUGGAGAGCAACUCCAAAAUCAUCAUCCUGUGUUCCCGAGGCACCCAGGCAAAGUGGAAAGCCAUUUUGGGUUGGGUUGAGCCUGCUGUCCAGCUGCGGUGUGACCACUGUAAGCCUGCUGGAGACCUUUUCACAGCAGCCAUGAACAUGAUCCUGCCAGACUUCAAGAGGCCAGCCUGCUUCGGCACCUAUAUUGUUUGCUACUUCAGUGGCAUCUGUAGCGAGAGGGAUGUCCCCGAUCUCUUCAACAUCACCUCCAGGUACCCACUCAUGGACAAAUUUGAGGAGGUUUAUUUCCGGAUCCAGGACCUGGAGAUGUUUGAACCUGGCAGGAUGCAUCAUGUCAAAGAGCUCACGGGGGAAAAUUACCUGCAAAGCCCUAGUGGCCGGCAGCUCAAGGAGGCUGUGGUUAGGUUCCAGGAGUGGCAAACCCGGUGCCCCGACUGGUUUGAGCGUGAGAACCUCUGCUUAGCCGAUGACCAAGAUCUCCCAUCCCUGGAUGAAGAAGUGUUUGAAGACCCACUGCUGCCACCAGGGGGAAGAAUUGUCAAACAGCAGCCCCUGGUACGGGAGCUCACUUCUGAAGGCUGCCUUGUGGUAGAUGUCUGUGUCCGUGAGGAAGAAAGUGGAAUGGCAAAGCUGGACCCACAGCUGUGGCCACACAGAGAGCUAGCGGCUCAGACCCUCCAAACCACAGUGCUGCCAGCAGAACAGGUCCCUGCAGCUCAUGUGAUGGAGCCCCUCCAUCUUCCAGCCAACAGUGGAGCAGCUACCCAGCUGAUGAUUGCAGGGGACAGCGAGGCUUGCCCGCUGCUGGGGGUCCAGAGGAACAGCAUCCUUUGCCUCCCCGUGGACUCCGAUGACUUGCCUCUCUGUAGCACUCCAGUGAUGUCACCUGACCACUUCCCAGGCGAUGCAAGAGAGCAGCUAGAAAGCCUAAUGCUCUCGGUGCUGCAGCAGAGUCUGAGUAGACAGCCCCAGGAGAGCUGGCCGAGGCCCGAGGUGCUCCUCAAGGACUGCACACCCUCUGAGGAGGAGCAGCGGCAGUCGGUGCAGUCAGACCAGGGCUACAUCUCCAGAAGCUCCCCGCAGCCCUCCGACUGGCUAGCAGAGGAGGAAGAGCUGGGACUGGGUGAGCCAGUUGAAUCCCUCUCUCCGGAGGAACUCCAGAGCCUGAGGAGCCUCCAGAGGCAGCUUUUUUUCUGGGAGCUUGAGAAGAACCCUGGCUGGAACAGCUUGGAGCCACAGAGACCCGCCACAGAAGAGCAGGCUCCCUCCUAGGCCUCCUGAUCCUGCUAUUAAGGGGGAUGUUGUACUCUGUGUGUGUGUGUGUGUGUGUGUGUGUGAAGUGCCUGACUUGGGAUGUGGACAUCCGUCUGGCAUAGUGUUGUAUAGCUGAAGUCCCAGCACUUGGGGACUGAGCCUUGAUGAACUCCUGAACCCAGGGAUUCAGGGCCAGUGUGAAAACAUAGCAAGACCUCAGAAAUAAAUGCAGACAUCUUGGUUCUGAUCCCUAGACACCCCCCUUUACCUGAUAUGAACAUCUGGUCAUCGAUGCACAAGAAUCCACAGCCCGUUCCCAGAGCUCAUAGCCAAGUGUGCCACAUUCCUUGAACAUUUAUUCUGGACCCCCUAGCCAGGCAUUUGGAAAUCAAAAACAAGUUACUAAGAAGCUUACAAUUCAGUACGAAUGUAAAGUUAGCCAGGAUGAAUAGAGAGCUUCUCUUGGCUGCAGAAGAACCCCCAAGAGCCUGGGGUGGGGUCUGGGCUAGAGGGGCUGCUUUCCUGGGAGGGGAGCAGCCUGUGGAUUGAGUAUUAAAAAGGAGCUAGAGCUCAGGGUGGAGAGAGCUCUGUGGGGCUAGGGUGGGAGCAGCUGGGGACUCCUUUCAUGAGUGGAUCUGUUGCCCUGUGGGGGAGGAAACUGCAUGCCAGAUAUACCGAGAAGUCUUCUCAGAGCAGUUUUUUAGAAAGAGUCAGUAUAGAAAUGGGUGAUGCAAAACUUGAGAAGCAGGAAGAGGCGUGUGAAAUCCUGUGCUCGAGUGCUGGCUGCCAGUCCGUGGGAGGGCUGUAUCAUAUGAUUCUUCAUGGGCUGCAGCCACCAGAUCCCAGGAGCUUGGGAGUCUGAGAUCCCUCAGCUCUACCUCAGGAUACAGAGAUACAGUGAUGGAGUUAAGAAAGAUGUGAGGGCAAUGGGAAUGGGGGCAUGGCAUGACAGUGGAGAACAUGCUGGGUCCUCCCAGGUCAGAGGAAAGUAUGUCACUUUAUAAGGGAUGAGGAGAGGUUGUUUAAGGUAGCUCCUGGGGCGCCCUCUUGGGGCAGACAGCAGCCUUGCGGCUUAGGUUCUAGUGAAUGCACAGGUCUGUAUGCCCUGGCUGCCCACUGCCAAUUAUCUAUACUUCAGUGAGAAAAGGACCAUGAAAUGCUGUGGGAAGCGUGAACUCAGUAAUUGUGUGUGUGCAUAUGUGUGUGCAGUAAUGAAGACUUAAUAAAGUUGCUAUAUUGGUAAGAA